AUGGGUAAUUGUACAUCAAAUAAAAAGCCUGAGAAAGGAUCUUCAGUCGGGAGGCGCAAGUACAGUGUUUAUUUCCCUUCAAAAUACAAAGGAGUUUAAAAAUAUUCUGAAAAAGAGUGUAAAGCAAAUGGACUCAAUUUUGAAGACAUAUAAGCUAUUUUUAACAAAUAACAAGAAGCAAUUCCAUAAACAACAUGCGAAAACAAUAACGAAUAAGAAUCUACCCACAUUAAGGAUGGGAGAAGUAGUAUACUGAAUCCUCAAAAGCUUAGAACCCACUAUACAGCAAAGCUUAAAAGGGGGGACAGUGAUGAAGAUUAUGCCAUUAACAAAGAUACCUUCAAAAAUUUUGACUUUAAUUGA